AUGUUUGGAGUUCAAAAAGUUAUUGCUCUCUUCUUGAGUUUGGCAGUAGUAAUUGCUGGAGUCGCUCCAGCCACUUUACAAAACCAAUUGACCAAAAAAACCGGUUCCAAAUGGCUUCAAAUCACAGACAAUAACUAUCGGGAUAUCAUGGGCGGAGCAAGAGACUAUCAUUUAGUAUUAAUGAUGACUACUGAUCUGACGAUGAUUAAUUGCGUGUUAUGUCAAGAAUUCAAGCCUGCCUUCAGCUUAAUGGCAGAUUCGUGGUUCCAAGAUCACCCUACGGGAGUUUCUGGAGGUGAUAAUAAUGAUAUUAAAGAUGUUUUCUUUGGGUAUACUGACUUUGCCAAUUCACGUGCCUUGUUCAGUGAAUUUGGCUUACAAAGUAUUCCCAAGGUGUUUUACUUCCCACCAACCAAUUCCAAGUUGCCUUCCAAUUACUUGAAGUCGUACACUGAAUAUCCGUUUUACCAAGGCGAUCAUGUGGAGUUGUUGAAGAAUUGGGUAAGUGAAAACACCGGACAAACUUUCAACGUAUAUGUUCCUUUGAAUUACAACUUGAUUAUUUUCAACGCCGUCAUGACGUUUGUUGUUCUUGUUUCUGUCUAUUUGUUUUCUGCUAAAUUGAAAAAGCUUAUAGCUUCCAAAUUCCUCUGGUGUGCUUUAUCUUUAAUUGCCGUGCUACUUUUCACUUGCGGUUCAAUGUUCAACCGCAUAAGAAACACGCCCUUUGUAAAGGAAACAGAGAAUGGUCCUCAAUACUUUGCUCCAGGUCAACAGGCCCAAUACGGUAUUGAAACACAGCUUAUCUCUUUUCUCUAUGGAGUCUUAAGUUUGUGUGUGAUUCUCUUAGUUAAGAAGUUACCCCAAUUGAGCGAUGGUAAAGUUCAGCUCUUGGGCUCAGCUAUUGUGUGUGCCAUAGUCUUGUUUGCUUAUUCCAUGUUGCUUAACAUCUUCUCAGUUAAGAGUCAAGGCUAUCCAUACCGUCUAGCCAUUUAG